AUUCUAAAAUACUUAUUUCAAUAGUACUAAUAAAAAUCUUUCUUUGGUCUUUCUCAGCUUCGAUCAUCAAAAUCCAAUUCGACUUUAUCACCACCACCACCACCAGCUCUUGCUGCUGUGAGAGAAAUACAGACGAAACCCUAAUUUCUUCUCACAUUUUCAUGUCCAUCUUGCCCACGCAAUCUAACAGUUCUGUAUCAUCAUCAUCUGAUAACCUUCGCGGAAACCCUAAUUACCCAAACCAUGGACUCUUUCAAUCUUCACCACAGGAAGAACUUCAUGGGGGAUUUCCCUCUGACAAUCAGAUCAAUGGAUCAGGAUCUCAGUUUAUCUCCAAUCACUCAACCUCUGGUUCAGUUUCUGCAGCGCCGUCAAGUUCUGGAGGAUCUUCCAAGAAGGUGAGUGAAGCAAGGACACCAAAUGGUAGAAGAAAUUGGACUCGCCAAAACAGUGGCACCUCAUCUCAGGCUGGUGGUGGAGGGAUAUCCCCACAAUUUAGUUCUGCACAUUCAGCUCCGAGGAAACAUCAGACAAUGAAUGGUAAUCACUUGUUGAAUUUUCAGUAUGAUCCGAUUACUCGUCCUAAAUCACGGAUGACUCCUCCGAGGAAGACCCAGAAGAAAAAACCAUACAACAAGGAUUUAUUUAUUCAGGCAAAUUACAAAUUUGUUGUGUUAGAUUGUGGGAACGAUGAGCUUGAGUUGAUGGAUCCAGAUAAAAUGUUGCAGUGGGAUAAUGUAGUUUGCGUGAGAUACUCUGCUCCACAUCCGGUGCAGUGUCCUAUUUGUCUGGAAAGUCCUUUGUGCCCACAAAUUACCUCAUGUGGUCAUAUAUUCUGCUUUCCUUGUAUUCUGCAAUACCUGUUAAUGGGUGAGGAAGAUCGUAAAGGUGAAUCGUGGAAAAGAUGUCCUCUAUGCUUUAUGAUGAUAUCUUCCAAGGAUUUAUACACUCUCAAUAUUGAAAGUGUGAAGCAGCAUUACGUUGGUGAAAAUAUGCAGUUUACACUUUUAAGUCGCGCAAAAGAUUCAUUAAUUCCAUCCCAGAAAAAUCAACAAAAUACUGAUGGUGUACCUUGUUCCAGUGUUGCUCUGUGUGACUCUUUCUCCAAGUUCACUGUGGCAUCAAAUGCCGAGUUAUUAGUCAGAGAAGUAAGGACAGAAUUAGAUGGUUGGCUGGCUAGAGCAGAAUCGGGGCUUGUUGAGGAUCUAGAGAAGCUUCCUUAUGUUUGUGCUGCAAUGGAACAACUAGAGGAGAGGAAGAAAUGCUGGAAUGCAGUGCUGACUUUGCACAAUACAAGAAAUUCUGCUUUACCUUGUUCAACUGGCAAGGCCUGUAAAUAUACUAACAAGACUAAGAGUCACGUGUUUUCUCCAAUUGGAAGUGCUGAUGCUGCUUAUUUGGAAGAAGCAAGUGUGUCUGCAUUCUUAUCUCCUUCUGCAAGUUAUGAGUUUGAACCGAAAUGCACAGAUAAACUGAAUGGUAAAAAGCUGUAUGGAGAGGAUUGCUCGGUCCAAACUACUGAUGCGUGUGAAACAUCCGAAGUUGGAGAAAACGUCCUGUCUUCUUCUUAUGAUGAUGACAAAUGUCUGCAAAAAGACUCUGGUUUUGUCAAGGAGAAGGAAUCAUAUUCCUUUUACCAAGCAAUUGAUGGGCAGCACCUCAUUCUUCAUCCAUUAAACAUGAAAUGUCUUCUACACUACUAUGGUAGCUAUGAUGCACUUCCUUCGACAAUUGGUGGUGAGAUUUUGGAGCUUGAGAGCGUCACACAGUCUGAUGCCAUGAGGAGGCGUUAUUGCUAUUUAAGUCAUUUCUCUUUAACAACGACAUUUCAGCUCUGUGAGAUUGAUUUGAGCAAAAUGUUACCUCUUGAUGCCAUGUUGCCAUUUAUGGAUGAGAUUAAGAAGCGUGAAAAUCAGCGGAAGAGGCUUGCUGAAAAGGAACAUAGAGAGAAACUCAAAGCGGAAGCUGAUGCGUUGAAAGCCAUGCCUGUACCUUCGAAUUUUGGACGGCAUGCUACUUCUAUGUUUUCCAUGGACGAUUUCGAAGCACUGGGAAGUUCUCCUGCAUCAUCAACAUGUCCUCCAGUAAUUGGUGAAAGGACGCGAUUCUCAGAAGUAACUCGUUUGGGUUUUGCUGCUGGGGUUGAUUCUCCUUCUGUUACAGCUGACACUUCAAAUAACAUAGAAGCAAGAAAUGAGAUUGCUGUUCCAACUGGGCAAAGGAGCAAUGUUACUCUGUCAUUUGCCAGUAUCAUAUCCACUGCGAAACCUGCCACUGGUGUUGUGGAAGCUGCCAAGACGAAUGGGCUGGGAAAAAAAGGGAAGAAACCAAGUCGAGUCCUUUUAUCAACUGCAGGUGGUCGUCGCUACUAAAGACUUUGUCCAAGGUCUCUCCCUGUCUGUCAUUUUAGCAUCUUUGUUUUAUUUCAACACCCAUGUUUUUGCUUGAAAGAUUUUAUGUAAAUUUGAAAGUAAAUUCGUAAAUAGAUCCUGUAUGGGAGAAAAUCAAACAAACUGAUGUAUUAAAAUAAUUUGAGCUUCCAGUUACCUGAAUGUGUCUGGUUUAGUAUCACUUUUUUGAAGAGUCGAAAUAAAUAUUUGAUAGACCAGCAAUUUGGACUUUA